AUGCGAUUUAGAGAUAGUUGUGGAUUUUGUAGUAGAGACACCAUGGAUUUAGCCAUAUUUACAUAUCUAUCAUUUCUAGGUCCUGCUCCAAUGUUGAAUGAUAAUUAUAUUGUAAUCGGUGAGGUUAUCAGUGGGAUGAAUAUUUUUCAAUCGAUCAAUACUAAAGGUGUUCAUGGUAUGAUGGAUGAUGAUGGUGGUGAUCGACCAUCUGAUUCUAUUCGUAUUUAUUCAUGUGGUGUUGACACAAGAAUAUUUAAAGAGCAUAAUUUUGUUUUGUUUACAAAUAUUAAAGAAGUUGAUGAACAUCAAACAAAUAUAUCAACAACAACAAAUUAUAAUAUACAUAUUGAUUCAUUUAAUUUUUCAUCAACAAAUGAUCAACAACAUUCAACAAUAAUUAAAAAAUCACGUAUAAAAAAAGAAUCUAAAGCAUUAACAAGAAUUAUUGUUAAAGAUGAAACACUUUCACCUAAUUUUACACGUCAUAAAAAAGGAACAAAAAAUUUAUCAAAUACACAAUUAACAACAACAAAUAAUUUACAACCAAUGGAAUAUAUAUCUGUACCUUAUGCAUGGCAAAUAAGAAUAUUAGCACCAGAUCUUGUUGUUUAUCUUAGUCCAACACAUGUUAUACUCGAUUCAUUAGAUGCUAUACGUCAAUAUCUUGAAACACCAUCAUCAUAUAAAUGUGAUCUUCAAUUUCCACUUAUUGUUGAUAAGGUUUUCAAUUUUGAUUCAACAAUAAAAUCAAAAUCUUGGGAAGUAACACAAGUACUUGAAGGUACACAUUGUCGACAAAAAUCGAAUAUAUUAGAAAUGGCAACAUUAACAAAUUGUAUUGAUUCAUUUUGUGAAACAGAACAAAAAUCUGUUAAACGUCGAAAACGAACACAUACUGAAACAACAAAUGGAAAUGUAUUUGUUUGUGCAUCAAAUUCAUCAAAUAUUCUACAAACAAAUAAUGAAUCAACUAUUUUUGUUAAUAGUACCAGUCAAACAUCAGCUGUUACUCCACCAGUUAUUACUAAAUUAACUAUUAAACCAUCAUUACAUGAUUCACAUCAACCUGUACCAUCAUCAAUAUUAUCUCCACCUGCAUCUGUUUCAUCAAUAUCACAAACAAAUCUUGUUCAUAGAAAUUCAAUAUCACCAUCAACACAUCAUCAAAAUAAUAAUCUUCGUUAUAUUAAUGAUAAUGUAUUAACUCCAUCAUCAACAACAGAUACAAAUGUUAUUGCUCGUGUACCAUCUCUAUUUGAACAAGUUAAAACAAAAACAAAUGAAUCAACAUUUGCUGUUUUAUCUGAUGUACAAAAUGUUCUUCUUUUACCAAAUAGAGAUACAAAUAAUAAUAAUAAACGAGUACGUGUUGAAUCAUCAUCAUCAUCAUCAUCAAUUGUAUCAACAACUGGUAAACCUGUUACAUUAAAUGUAAAUGCACUUAAACCAGAUUUUGUUCGAUCACCAUCUGCUGCACAAAAACCAUGUACAACAACAACAUCAAAUCAAAUUGAUGUUAUAUCAUUAAUGAGUACAAAUAAUCAAACACAAUUAAUGGUUACAAAAACAACACCAAAACCUAUAGCACUAAUACCAUCAACAACAACAACAAUUAAUUCUGAUGAAUAUACAUUAAUAAAAUCUACAAAUGAACAAACAAAUGAUUAA